GAUGCUCUCUUUUCCGCUCAGGUACGACUUGGACUGCAAGAGUGACAAUCUCUCCAAACAUGACUUCCUAGGCCAGGCCUUUUGCACGCUGGGCGAGAUUGUGGGCUCGCUGGGAAGCCGUCUGGAGAAAGCUUUGAUGGGCAUUCCUGGGAAAAAAUGUGGGACAUUGAUUGUGAGAGCUGAGGAGCUGAGCAACUGCCGGGAGUCGGUUAUGCUGCAGUUCUGCGGCAACAAAUUGGACAAGAAGGAUUUCUUUGGCAAGUCGGACCCUUUCCUCGUCUUCUACCGCAGUAAUGAAGACGGAUCGUUCACUAUUUGCCACAAAACUGAAGUGGUGAAGAACACUCUGGAUCCCGUGUGGCAGGCCUUUAAGAUUCCCGUCAGGGCGCUCUGCAAUGGCGACUACGACAGGAGCAUCAAAGUGGAAGUGUACGACUGGGACAGAGACGGCGGACACGACUUUAUCGGUGACUUCACCACCAGCUACAGAGAAAUGUCCAGAAGCCAGUCGCAGUUCCAUGUCUAUGAGGUGCUAAAUCCAAAGAAGAAAGGAAAGAAGAAGAAAAAGUACCAAAACUCAGGAACGGUCACCUUAUUGUCGUGCCUGGUGGACACUGAGCUGUCCUUCCUGGACUACAUUCGAGGCGGGACGCAGAUUAAUUUCACGGUGGCGAUCGAUUUCACGGCAUCAAACGGCAAUCCGUCGCAGCCCACCUCAUUGCACUACAUGAGCCCGUACCAGUUGAACGACUACGCCAUGGCGCUUCGGGCGGUGGGCGAAAUCAUCCAGGACUAUGACAGCGACAAGAUGUUCCCGGCGCUCGGUUUCGGAGCCAAGCUGCCCCCCGACGGACGCGUCUCGCACGAGUUUGCCCUGAACGGCAACCCGCAGAAUCCGUACUGUAGCGGCAUCGAGGGCGUGAUGGAGGCUUAUUACCAGAGUCUCAAGUCAGUGCGCCUCUACGGGCCCACCCACUUCUCUCCGGUCAUCAACCACGUGGCCAGGUACGCGUCAGCCGUGACGGACGGCUCUCAGUACUUCAUCCUGCUCAUCAUCUCGGACGGCGUCAUCACGGACAUGGCUCAGACCAAAGAGUCCAUUGUCAACGCCGCCUCUCUGCCCAUGUCAAUUAUAAUUGUCGGGGUCGGACCAGCAGAAUUUGAUGAAAUGAUCGAACUGGAUGGGGACGAGGAGAGGAUCUCCUCCCAAGGACGUUUUGCUGAAAGGGACAUUGUUCAGUUUGUUCCGUUCCGGGACUACAUCGACCGCAGGGGCAAUCACAUCCUUAGCAUGGCUCGGCUGGCCAAGGAAGUACUGGCGGAAAUCCCCGACCAGUUUCUGUCUUAUAUGAGGACACGGGGAAUCAAACCCGGUCCGCUGCCUCCCCCUUACACGCCGUGCCCCCCGCCAGCUCUUCACCCUCUACUCACCAGACGGUCUUCACUGGAAGUUUUUGAGACAGUGGCCGAUCACUGUUGUCGGAACGCCAUGCAGGUGGAUGCUGCACAAACGGACAGUGGGAAUGAUAGCCGUUUUCGGGGCGUGAGCUCCGCCGCAUGAAAGGAACGGACUAUAUUUGGCAUCCCACUUCUGUCACCACAUUGUGUCUCUCUAUAUAGAAAUGUUUACAAGUUGAUGCCUGGAAAGGGAUGAAACUACCAAUCAAAGUGAGGAUGCAGUAUCGGCACGUGUGACUUUUUCAUAUUUACUAUGUUAUUAAAUGGAGCAUGUGCUAGUUAAAGAGAAGCAUGCACUGUCGUCCUGCACUCAGGGCUUUGUCCCGCCCCACCGACUUGAACCGGCCUUACUUUUGGCGGCGUUCUUCCACACGGCUUUUUGGAAACGUAGCGAGGCAGUAAUCCACACCGUUCACUUCAAAACAGGACUGGAGUGUGUCAUCAAUUUUUGGUUUGCGUAUCUUUUGUCCUCCUACCUCUCAGUGUGUUGCCAAAGCAUGCUAGGCUGUCUUUUUUCUUGUUGUUGUUGUUAUUCAAGCCUUUGAAUUCUUAUCUGAUCCCAAGCGCAUUGGUUGCAAAGAA